AUGGUAAACAUCAAGCGCAAGAACGCCAACUUUGCCGCGCGCGCACAGGCGGGCAAGAAGACGACGCGCCCGUCCAAGACGCUCCAGAAGCGGAGCGCGACCAAGUGGCUUGUUGGGACGAUGCUGUUCCUCGUCGUUGGCGGAACUGUCGUCGAGCUCUUGCGCCUCAUCUUCCUCGGCACUCUUUGAGCGGGUUCGGCGUGAGAGGGAUGGACGGGGGAGGCGGAGGAGCGAGGAUGAAGGAGGCUGACCGACACGACACGACGUGGCGACCGAGACCGACGUGGCGCGGAUAUGGAGGCAGCAGGCGACGGCGACUCUGGCGGUGGGCAACGGCGACGGUGACAGUACAGCGACAGCGACAGCGCGGCCGCUACCCCGACUCCGACCCCAGCCCCCGCCCCACCCAACACGACUCAUGUGUUGACACUGUAGUACUGUAUACCC